AUGGCCAUGGAAAGUGGGAAAGGAUUUAAAAAACAUGAGCAGUCAGAGAUUCAUAUGAGAGCAAUGGCAUCUCGGAAAGAGUUUCGUGAGAAACGUGGUCAGACGGUACGAAACCUUAUCCAAGUCAGGCCAGAACACAAGAUAUGGCUGAAAACAGUAUUCAACACUACCAAAUACCUGGUUGCUAAUGGUCUUAGCUUUCGCGGACACGAAGAAAACUCGAUGUUAGAAGAGGGCCUGUCAGGAGGGCUCUAUUUAAAUACAUUCUCUGAUCUUAUUUUUCCUCAAGAUCCUCAUUUGCAACAAAUAGCGACAUACCUUCCAACCAAUGCAAAAUAUACCUCACCAGAAAUACAAAAUGAGGUAAUAGAAACUCUAGCAGAGAUUGAGAGAGACAGUCGCCAACGAGUGCAAAGAAGCAGAGUUAUUCACCCUAAUGAUGGAUGGAACUACUGA